GCUCUAUACAAUUUCACACCUCCCUCGUAUUCCCGUCGUAUAAAUGGAAUAUUCUCAUCUGAUGUAUGUGACCAUCCGUUCUUCAAGAACAGACUUCCUUCCUUCUGCUUCCUUCUAGAAUUCUCGAUCAGCGUCGUAUCUGCCCGACAACACGCGAUGCACGAAACAUCGCCGCGUAUUUUGCAAGUACAAACUCGUAAUUCGCACUCGCACUUGGACUCGGCCUCUUGCACUUUAUUAUAGUUGUUCGUCUUGCACGUUAUUGUUAAUAUUAAUUCAAUUUCCAUAUUUCUACUUCCAUUUGUGAGCAGUGAGCAGUCUUUUAUUAAAAAUAGACCAGCAGUGAUUUUUUCAAAUGGAAGCCUUCCUAAAAAAAUUAAAUCUAGAAGAAGAAUAUCUACAGAGGUUUCUAGAUGAGGGAAUCGAUGAAGAGUCAGUUAAAUUGCUCGACGCAGACACUUUGAAAAUUUCAAUUCCGAAGAUCGGACCUCGUCUUAAAUUUCAAAGAGCACUCGCUCUUCAUGUAGGAAAUGAAAGUUACACAUCUUCCAGUAUUGAAGGGACUCCAAUAUUUGAAUCAAUAGAAUCUACUGACACUGACUGUGAAACUUAUUCUUUUUCUUUGGGAUCAGAAUUAGAGUCCAUUUUAAAUGAAAAUAUCUCAUUAGAACAAGCACCAUUAAUUGAAUCAUCACUGAGCAAGAAACCCGAAAGUAAAGGAAGUUCACCGGAUCUUCCCAACCGGAAUUUAAAUUUAGAAGGAAUAAAGAGAAAGAGGGAGUUACUUUUUCCCGAAGGCUUGGAAAGUUUUUUGAAAUCUUCUAUAGAUGGAAGAUUUGUUCUUUCAUUCAGAACAAAUUUAGGAUACCGAAAUAGUCUCCCAAGAAAAAAAUUAUGCAAAGAGAUAAUCAAUAGAUUUUUGCAGAUAGAACAUGUGGAUGAUGUAGCCAAACACCCGUGGAUGUUUGAGGAAGCAUCAGCAGAAAUAAUAAAAUUAUUUCCGAAUGAGCAGAAGGAAACAUAUUAUAUUCCCUAUAAGAAAAAAUCUGCAACUAGUCCAAAAAAGGGACCCAAGGGACGCUUAUGGUCUAGGUACCAUAACGUAAGAAAUUUAUUAAGAAUUACAGAAAAGACAACAAGCACAUCUAAAAAGAUUCUUUUCCAAGAAGACACCAAUGGAAAUGAAAUAUUAAUAGAUCAUUCCGAAGAUACCAAAAACUACCAAUUACUGCAUACAGUUUUGGAACCAAAAACGAGAGUUAUAGAAUUGUGGAAAGCUACUUUAAAAUUUAGGAAAACUCAUUUCAAAAAUCUCACGAUAGAAGAAAUUUUCGAUGAAGUACCUGCACUGAAGACUGAUAUCGGAUCAGAACUGAUCGACUCUGAGUUUAGCGAAAAAUUCCCUGAAAAUUCUAAUAAUGUGUACUUGAAGUGGCCUUCUUUAUCAAAUGCAAUACUGAAAGAAUCAGAACAUAGAAAAAUAAAAGCAGUAGAGCACUCUGCUGAUGUUGAUCCAUCGAUUGUGGCUUUACUAACACUGCCCUUUCUUAUACCCCCAGUUACAUUGAAAAGAGCGAAAGGGUUCAAUUGGAGACCCAGCAGGUCUGAAAUACAAGAAAGUUUUUUUUUUCAUGUUGAAAAAAUAGAAGACCUGCCAGCAGAGCCGGAACUAGGAUUCUGGCGCCUGUGGCGAAUUCUCCUAAUGCGCCCCCAAGAAAUUCUCUUUUCUAUGUUGAUUUGUAUUUAUCUUUCAUAA